AUGUGUGCGGAUCAAGAUGGUUCAAGUAGUUGGAGCGCGAAUUUGCUGACUGGAAGGUCCGUGGUUCGAAUCCAACCUCCGCUUCUCGACUUCCCCUAUCUAGACUUGGGCACCCUGGCAGUGAACUGCGAAUUGAACAGACGUUGGUCUCCAAGAUUCAUCAUGACAUAUUGUGCUAGAGAUUUACCGGUCCAGACUGUUGGAGGCAGUCGAGCAAGUACUCUUGCACUGCCAUCUGAUGUUCCAGUGGACACCAGGACUCGGAGACAAGUCCCACUCCGGGUCGGAAUACGACAUCCAACUGAUGGUAACGCUCGAGACGCUCAAAACAACGAUUUACUGUCACACCUGGGUAUCACACACAUCAUCAAUGUGAGCGUAACCGUCGCGCCUCCUUUCACCAACAACCAACUCUAUCGGUAUCUGAUCCUUCCCGUGGUGGAUACGGACGAACAGAACUUGCGCCCUUCAAUCGAUCGUGCGGUGGAUUUCAUUUACGAGGCUGAGAAAUCCAACGGGAUUGUUCUGGUGCACUGCGUUGCUGGCGUCUCUCGUUCGGUUGCCAUAGUGAUGGCCUACCUCAUGCACAAAUACCGCAAUUUCACUGUUCUACGGGCCUUGGAUUUCAUUCAAUCCCGACGACCGAUAGCGGGUCCGAAUUUGCAUUUCAUGGGACAACUGGAACACUAUUACGCCGAGCUGCACAGUGAACCGUGCCAAAAUCCUGCCAGUUCCCCCCAUCGCCAUUCCCGCAGGUCGUCUUACGUGGACUUUGGCGAAGAACUCAACUCGGCCGACUUCACUGUCAGUUAGCUUCCUUUUCUCCUGAUCAGAUGACUUUUCCAAAUCGCCGCAAACUCUUUUACCCUACCUAACUGCUGUUUUCAACCCAUUCCCCCAGUGGAUUCCUCCAAGAUCUGUCCACUAUCCCUAUUUGGAAUCAACACCUUCUGCACGACUGUGCAAUCUUCUCUCCAUCAUCAUGCUCUUUCUUCCACAGAAUCUGUGAUAAAUUUCUUUGACGGCUUGCUGGUCUAUUUUUUAUCUUCUGUAGAAUGACCAAACUUUCGGCGGCUGUCGAAGUUGUU